AUGGUCGAAAACACUAUUUCUGUAUUAGAAGCCCUGGAGAAGGCAUGCGCUCCGCUUCCAAGCCGUGCGGGGCUCCGGGCACGGACGGAGCCCUCCUCGUCCCCCGCGUUCGGGCCACGCCCACCUCGGCCCAGCCAGCGCCCCUGGGGAGGCCCGGCACUCAAGGCCUGCCCCGCACGGCGGGAGGGCCCCCGAGCCAGGAGUCGGGGACCGCUGGGCGCUCCUGUUUGCCUCCGAGCAGUGGUACGGCUGAGCUGGGACUGCGGGCGGAGGGCUCAGAGCCGGGCUCCGGACGGCGUUCCCACACCGGCCAGUCUCCGUCCGCCAGGAAGCCGACUCCUCGUACCUCCUCGGGGACCGAAAAACACCGGUGCCGCCGCACCCGUUGCCUCCGCCGCUUGCUCAUGGAGAACCCGUUGCUGCGCCCCCGCCACUUCAUCUACUAGCACCACCGGCUGUCUCGGCGGCUCCGGCGUGAGCGCUGCGCAUCGGCAUGGCCUCCAUCGCACCCGCCGCGGCGGGAGCCACAGCAGCUGCAGCGCCCAGGCUCGAUCCGACCGGACCCACGGAGCCAGGACCGCAGGACGCGUAGCUUCUCACUACGGCGAUAGGAAUCUGAGCUACUUUGGGAACCCUCACUGCCUGAUCCUCCUCCAUGGGCUCACUGUCCAUUUCCCUGGUCUCCUGUCUUCUUGCCCAACACCAGCCUUCAAUUCGGGCUAUCAAGGCCUUCUCAUGAAGAAUAACAAAACCAGCUAGAUGACAUCAUGAAUCAUCUCAAGAUGCCCACUCUUCUCCAACUCUACAGCAAUGGCCUUGCUAACCCCAGAAUCUGUGCCCACUUCCAGCACGAAGUAGCUACAGAAUGAGAUUCUAUGCCAAGUUCCCCAGAGGGCCAAUUAAGAAAAGAAAAAGAUGGGAAUGAAGGCAAAGUCUGGUGUGCUAAGACCCCCAGCCCUUAAGAUCCAAUCAGCACUGACCAGAUGGUUUCCAACCCCUUAAGAUCCAAUCACCAAUGACCAGAUGGUUGCCCUCCCCUUAAGAUCCAAUCACCAACACAGAACACACCCUACCCCUACUCCUUAAAAACGCGCUUCCUCACCCAUGAGCUGCUGCUCCCUUCCUCUGGGGAAAGCCAUUUUCUCUUUCAGAUAAUAAAAUCUCUUGCAUUGG